UCUCAGCCGUCGAUUACGUGUUCGGUGGGUAGCCGCUGGUUGAAGAAAACGAUGGGGGGUUGGAUUGACAAGGACAGAAAGCAUUAGAUCCACCGCCACUUAAUUGUCUCCUUCACAAAGCGAAUCGGUCCAGGCUGGUUGCCGACUCUGUGGAAAUUGCAUUCAGACCCAGCGGAAACUUCUGACAUGCCAAGCUCUUCUAAAUCCCGAGUGAUACUAUCGAUUGGCAAUCAUCAUGACCAACCCGAUCAUUUCAGGAAGGAUCGCUUCAUGGAUGAUGCUAAUGGUUCAUGCAAAGGGAAGAAUUUAGAAUGUGUAUCAGGUUGUAGCGAAAGGAAUUUGAGGAGAAAAUUGGAUGAUGAGGAUGAUGGGAGCACUUGUUCACAAGAUGCUUGUUACGCAGGUAGCCAAAGUAAGGCACAAAUUACAACCAGCAAGUGUGUAGAAGUUGAGGUUUCAACAGGCUCAAGUUCAAGUUCAAGUUCAGUAGAUAUUGCAAAUGAAUCUUCCAACCAUAUUUCUUUAGGUGCUCAUGAGGAUGCCCCUCUGUCUACCCAAGGAAGACUAGAGAGCAGGGAUGAUCUUCAUGAUGUUCAGAAUAUAAGUACUAUCUCAGGGAGUAAUGUCAGGGAAGGUGGCUGUGUAGAGAGAGCAAGCAACAGCCUAUCAUCGGAUAGGACAAAUAAGGGAAGUUACACGAGUACAAAACUAACACAAGCAUCUAAGAUGCAAUGGCCAAAGUGGACAGUGUCUCACAUGUUGAGUUUGUCGAGCAUGGAGAAAGUGAUGAAUUAUUACCGUGUUUUGAAUUUGGCCGAUAACUUGAAAGAUGAGGAUCUACGUUGUUUCUUGGAGGAACAGCUUUCCAAGGAGAAAGCUGGGUUGUCAGAGACAACCAUUAUGAACCGUUUAAGAACAAGACUCCAUGUAUCGGAAACAGUGGGCGAACCUGAUAGUUGCAGCAUUUGCAUGAUUGAAUAUAAGGACCAAGACAAGAUUGCGAGUUUAUAUUACUGCUCUCAUGAAUAUCAUUCCGACUGCAUAAAGGAGUGGCUUCUGAAGAACAACCUUUGUCCGAUGUGUAGGGCACUAGCUAUAAUCCCAGAAGACUACCCCUGUUGGGAUGGUGAUGUGCGGUUACACCAAGCAUUCUUUGUACAUUUGAAGCUUUCUGCUUGAAAAAGGCUUCUGGGUUUAGGAGCUUUACAAAUAAAGGGGUUGCUGGCUCUGAUUCGAUAUGGUCUUUAUAGAAACAUGAAGAUAAUGGUAAUAUCCGAGUACGCUACUUAAGAAAGACCUUGAGCCUUUGAGAAUCCUAAUCAGCCUGUACGCGUCGGGCUUUGGAGUGUUUCUUCGAGUCAAACUCAUCCAACUUUGUUGAAGUAAUUACAGAAAAUAGAACGUAAUAUAUCUUGUUUAAAUGAAAUAGUUAUCGGUAUGUGUGGCAAGUUGUGUUUUGUGCGUUGUUUGUGAGCUCUGUUUCGGGGUUGUGUUAUUUUUAUUUCUUUUCGUUUGGAUUUUGAGUUGAUUUGUAAUAAAGAACCAUCAUUCUCUGAAGAGAAUUCAGAAUCAUCAUGCAGCUUGGCACUCUAGCAUUUGAUGAUCCCAAAA